GCUCACUGCUUUGAACGGAUUGUCAGUGCGGACAUGCAGCAAAAUACCCGACUCGUCGCCUGAAAUCUCUUCCUUGCACUCUCCAAAUCCAGAUUGACUCACCUUUGGAACAAAGUAUUCUCGAGAGUUUAAAGAUGCCAAGAGGGUUCUUAGUUAAGAGGAACAUUAAAUCGUCUCCAGUUUCUUAUAGGAUUCGGACUGAGGAGAUGGGGCCUCUGGCAAUUGCUCCUGUAAGCGGGAAUGUGGGGGCAACCGUACAUUCACUUGCCCUGCCAGAGCCGAGCUCCCAGAGACACAGAACAGAUCAGUUUAAAGAUAGAUUUACACGCGAUAAAAUGUUGGGAGCUGCCCACAGAAUCGGCGCGCUAAAAGAGGAGCAUGUUCCAGAUUCUUUCUACACUACGUUUCCAGAAUAUAGCAUCUCUGGUUGGGCUGAUGUCUCUUACACGCCCAUCAAACCUAUCGACAAGGGACUUGACAACGCUUUCUGUGACACAUGUUUAAGUCCAUCUGCGUCAGGCGAACCAUUCGGGGCCGCAACCCCGUUGCUCUUGCUCCAGCCAGCGCUAUCUCCUACGACUGCCAACUGUGGAGGCCUAGCUCACCUCUGCUCGCCUUUCCACGGGAGUAAGCCGCGAGUGUCAGAAUCCCGUCACCGCAAGCACAAGAGCAGCCCGAAGAAGCCCAAAGUAACCAGGAGACUGAAUUUCGAAGACGAGGUGUGCACUUCCCCGGUCUUGGGUCUACGGAUCAAGGUGGAUCCCAGGGACUGCAAGCCGUCGUUUGCGCGGGUGAACAAGCCCCUUGGGGAAUUCAUCUGCCAAUUGUGUAAAGAGCAAUACUCGGACUCGAUCUCUCUGGCCCAGCACAAAUGCUCCAGGAUCGUCCGUGUGGAGUACCGCUGCCUCGAGUGUGAUAAAAUGUUCAGCUGUCCAGCUAACCUUGCGUCUCACCGGCGCUGGCAUAAACCCCGCACUGAUCCAAAUCCUCAGUGGAGCAGCCAGAAGUGUUCGGUGGAGUCGGGUAGCAAGGAGAACUCGGGUGAGCCAGACUGCAGCGCCGGGACCAUGGACAGCACCAGCAGCGUGGACUCAGCCAGGACCAUGGACAGCGCCAGCAGCAUGGACUCAGCCAUGGAUAGCGCCAAAGAGCCGGGAGCCUCUGUCCAGCGGUUGGACGGGCAUUUCCAAUGCCGCUACUGCAGCAAGAGAUUCCGCCGGCAGGCUUACCUGAGAAAGCACGUGAGCGCCCACGAAGCCGCCGGACCGAGCGUUCGCUGUCAGAUGGAGUCGUCCCGGAUCCCCUUCCCUUGCCGACUGUGCGGACUGGACCUGCAGACGGCCGAGACCCGGGACAAGCACCUCCUCUGGCAUGCGGUGAGCAGUGGAGCGUCGGCGGUGCUCGGGCCCGGCUGCGACGAGGAGCACUCCGAUAAGGGCGACCUGAGAGCCUUGGUCUUCUGCUGCAAACACUGCCCGUCGACCUUUUUCAGCUCGCCCGGACUCACCAGGCAUAUCAACAAGUGGCACCCGUCAGAGAAUAGGCAGGUCUUGCUUCUGCAGCUGCCUGCCUCGACCGGCUGUUAAUGUUACCGGAGCCUGCCUUCCCCAUAUUCCAUGAAUCAAUUCAUGGCGAAGAAUUCUCUUAAGACCAAUUUUUGCUCAUUGAAAUGUAAUCUAAAGCAGCGAUUUGAUAUUAUGACAGUAUUAUUCCACUUAGUAAAUCUCGAACUGUUCGCUGCAUGUCAACCAAUGCUGUUUAAAUAACAUUUCCAAUUUUCUGAAUACGUGUUAUACUUUUUCCACUAAUGGGCUUAGACAUCAAACACUUGACAGAACAUUAUGUUGCUUUUAUUUUACGGUUGACUGGAUGAAUGCUCCAAUCAUACAAUUGAUAUUAACGGAUAAUUAGGAACAGAGUGACAAAACAUAUUUCAGAUAACUGGUAAAAUAUUUGGUCGAAUCUGUAACAUAAUUUGAUUCAUCAUUAUCGUUGCGUUGUUCCACGUUACGAUAAAUAUUUCGUAUUACGGCAUUUAUUUAGACUUUAGAUCUUUUUCUGCUCUCUGAAACAACACACGUCCAAACAGUUAAGACUUUAAAGAACAAAUCAGAUUGUAAUUUUCUCAGCUGGUAAUUGCUAAUUUAUUUUAAUUGGUUGUUUGUUGAACUCUGUAGAAUAUACAUUGACGUCCGAGAAAUAGAUGAUUUUGUACCUGUUCUAUAAUCCUUGGAGUACUGUUACCUGAAUUUGAUUAACUGCAAAUUCCACGGACCGGUCCGAAUAUCAGAUACCAAAGACGCGCUUUCAUUUCAUAAGGCCCUUUCAUUGCGUUUUAUCCACAGCCACCGAUGGCACCACCGCAGAUGCCAUACUGACCGAUGGCCAGCUCACCCAUGGCCAGGUCACCCAGUUCGACAGCACUGCAGUUUGCUCCUAUUAACCUUCUUUUGUGUU